AUGUGCGGGGGCUGCGUGGGCACCGAGUACCCGCCGCGGGGCACCACGUGCCUGGAGGGCGGCUCCUUCCUGCUCAACUUCGCGGGGUGCGCGCGGUGCGGGCGGCGCGACCUGGUGCUGCUGGCGAACCGCGCCGCGGGGCUGCACGGCGCCGAGGAGAUCGUCACCUACGACCACUUGUGCAAGAACUGCCACCACGUCAUCGCGCGCCACGAAUACACCUUCAGUGUCGUCGAUGACUACCAGGAGUACACGAUGCUGUGCCUACUGUGCGGCCGCGCCGAGGACUCUAUCAGCGUCCUGCCCGAUGACCCACGCCAGAUGACGCCGCUGUUCUGCGGUUUCGGAGGGCGCCGUCACCUGGCCGGGGGCUGGGGCCACACCGCGCAGGGCGCCGUGCGCGUGCUACUUGGCCAGUUUGAGGAGGCGCUGGAUGUCGGGCUCCAGCUGUGCCGUGGGCAGCCGCGGGCUGUAGCGCCGGAACGGCUCCCCCUCGGGGCCCACGAGGAAUUUCUCGAAGUUCCAGGAGAUGUCGUCCCGCCGCAGCGGGCUCCACACCACGAAGCGCGGCUCAGCCAUGAGUGGCGCCGGGUCAUCAGCCGGCGUGGGCAGGUGCGCCUUCAGGAGGCGGUGCAGGAGGUGUUCGACGCGUGCGAGGGCACCCAGCGCGCCGCGCAGCUGCUCCUGCAGCGCGACAAGCACUUCCACUACCUGAAGCGGGGCCUGCGGCACCUCACGGAGGCCUACGAGUGCCUAGACGCCAGCCGGCCCUGGCUCUGUUACUGGAUCCUGCACAGCCUGGAGCUGCUUGAGGAGCCGCUGCCUGAGGCCAUGGCCUCCGACGUCUGCCAGUUCCUGAGGCGCUGCCAGAGCCCCCAGGGCGGCUUCGGCGGCGGCCCCGGGCAGCAGCCGCACCUGGCGCCCACCUACGCGGCUGUCAACGCGCUCUGCAUCAUCGGCACCGAGGAGGCCUUCAGCGUCAUCGACAGGCCCCGGCUCCUGCAGUACCUGCGCUCGCUCAAGCAGCCCGAUGGCUCCUUCCUCAUGCACGUGGGUGGCGAGGUGGACGUGCGCAGCGCCUACUGCGCCGCCGCCGUGGCCUCGCUCACCAACGUGGCCAGCGCCGCGCUCUUCGCUGGCACGGCCGAGUGGAUCGCGAGGUGCCAGAACUGGGAGGGCGGCAUCGGCGGCGUGCCGGGCAUGGAGGCGCACGGCGGCUACACGUUCUGUGGCCUGGCGGCGCUCGUCAUCCUGCAGAAGGAGCAGCUGCUGGACCUGCGUGGCCUGCUGCACUGGGUCACCGGCCGCCAGAUGCGCUUCGAGGGCGGCUUCCAGGGCCGCUGCAACAAGCUCGUGGAUGGCUGCUACUCCUUCUGGCAGGCGGGGCUGCUGCCGCUGCUGCACCGCGCGCUACACGCCAGCGGUGACACAGCGCUCAGCACGACGCACUGGAUGUUCGACCAGGCCGCCCUGCAGCGCUACAUCCUGCUGUGCUGCCAGUGCCCGGCGGGGGGGCUGCUCGACAAACCGGGCAAGUCCCGCGACUUCUACCACACGUGCUACUGCCUGAGCGGGCUGGCCAUUGCGCAGCACUUYGGCAGUGGGGAGCUGCACCAUGAGCUGGUGCUGGGUGCCGCCGAGAACCGUCUGCAGGCCACGCACCCUGUGUACAACAUGGCCCCGGAGAAGGUCCUGCGGGCAGCUAUGCACUUCAUGCGUCUGCCCCCGCCCGAGUAGGUCGUGCGGYGCUCAUGGUGCUGCUGAUACCAAAAAGGGCCCCGCUCGCCGCACCGGGCACCCCGCUAACCCCCGGCAGCGGCCAGGAGCCCUAACGGCAUCAAUAAACCUGAACUGACCCCUGCCCUUGGCUGGGCCCUGCGGGGAGGCAGGGGAGGGAGCCCCAGCAGCCAGAGCCCACGGGGGGGCCCCAGGGACCCUGUGACAUGUCCUGUGMCAUGUCCAUGUCCUGCUGCUCCAGGGGUGCCCCCAGCUGCCCCCUGAAAUGUGCAGCAGCAACGGGCAAGGGUGAAACAAGUGGGGGGCUGGCUUUUAGUUGGUUUUGU